AUGUGUAGCGAGCCUGCUGCAAAGAGAGCCAGACUCAACAUAUCGGAACCGAACGAGCCUUUGACUCAACGCGAUGUGAUAGCGUUCCAAAAGGAGGCUCUGUUUCGGUGCUUGAAUCAGCACAGGACGAAUCUCGAGUCGUUGAAGCAGCAGUACGAUUUAUCAAAACGACAGUGCACAGAUAUCAGUAGAAAACUGGCUAAUUUAAUGGCACUUGUCGUGACCCUUGCGCGGUUUCUCGCAGGCUUUUGUGAGAACGCUGAGGAAAAGCAGCUUUGUAGUAAAGUUUCAGAAGGUGACGAAACGGUGAUAGUUCAGCUGAGUGAUCCUUUUAUGAAGCUUUUAAUAAAGUAUAGUACUGUGGAGAGAUCUUCCAAUGAGGCUUCGCAUCAACGUUUACAAGAAAUGGCUAUGCAACUGAAAAAUCUACAGAAAAAUAAGGAUGAAGCGAUUAUCGAAAAUAGGCAACUGUCAGAGGAGAUUUCUACGUUGAAGAACUUUUACCAACGUGUGGUACGCAAAUAUGAUAGAGAGGAUUCAUUGACAGUCACAAGAGUCUUUAGUUCAAGCAAGGAAAGGCUAGAAAAGCCAGGAAAUGAGCAGGAAACUGGUAGUGAGAGAAACGGCGUAAAACCAGAAGUUAAUAUCCAUGAUUCUGAUAGAAAGGGAAUAAAUGGUGAAGGUAAUGAUGAUACUCACGUCAACAGUGACACUUGCCAUGUUCAUGGCUGUCUUCAUGAUGGUAAGGUUGAAGUUAAAAAGGAAGAAUCAAGCAACCGUUUCUUAGAAAAGGAACUAGAAAUUACCGAUUUAAAAUCACAACUGGAUAUUUUGAGAAAUACAGUGGAACAAUUAGAUAAUUACAAGGCCCAAAACGAGGAGGAACUCAUAAAGCUUCGUCAACAAGUUUCCGCACAACAAUCUCAUCAACUACCAAACGUUCAUGACACAGCUAGUCUACGUGAGAAGAUUGACCGUCUAUCAAUGGAAAAUGAAAAAGUGUCGCAAAUAAAUGAGGACUUUCUAUCCAAGUUCCAGCACCUAUCACGGGAACAAGAAAUAUAUAAGGGCAAAUUAACAAAAGAACUACAAAUGGCAAUGGAUACCUUAAAAAAACACAACUCUACGCUUGAGAAGGAUUUGGUAAGGAUCAGAACUACUCGAGAUGAGUUGCUAGGAAAAGUGGCAAUUCUGGAAGCAAAAACAACCAAAACGACUAUGUUGGGGAAUCUACAACAUGCCAUAGAUACUCUGAAGGGACAAUGGAGUACGAUAGGAGAUAGAUCUAAGAGUGAUGCUCAAUCACAAGAUGCUCUUCUCAAGGAGUUGCAAGAGUUAGAGCUAGCCUUCAAAGAAUUAUCUCACAUAACGCACAAAAAGUUUCAGGAAUAUAUUAAUCAAGAGAGUAUUUUAUCUAAAUUGACUGUUGAAAAAGCAAAGGCAGAUCAAAAAUAUUUUGCUGCAAUGAGAUCUAAGGACUCUAUUCUGGUCGAGAAUAAAAAUUUAUCAAAAUGCUUAAGCAAAUCGAACGAAUUAAUUUCACAGUUGAAAGACUCUGAUAAACUAUUGCAAAAUAAGAUUGACAAUUUGAAUGAACAAUUGCAGCUCUCUCAAGGCAACGAAAAACGUUUGAUUGAGUCAAACAAAGCUACGACUUUAAAAAUUAUGGAUAUGAAUACUGAAAUUUCCACAAUGAAGAAAUCAUUGGAUACCUCUAAAGAAGAGAACAAUGAAAACAUUGCCAAGAUAACUAAACUGGAGACUAAGCUUCACGAUUCAGAUACAGAAUUGAAAACUCUUCAACUCAAAGCGUCACAUGCGGAGGCCAAAUGUGCUAAGCUACAGAAUUCGCUAAACUCAGAGGACGGAGGCACUGGCCCAUUACAAGAAGAAUUAGAAAAUUUCCGUUCGCUCGUUUAUUGCUCACUUUGUUCCAAGAACUGGAAAAAUAUGGUUAUAAAAACCUGUGGACAUGUUUUUUGUGACGAAUGUUGUAAGGAGAGGCUCGCUUCGAGAAUGAGAAAGUGUCCAACAUGCAAUAAGCCGUUCAGUGGAAAUGAUCUUCUGCUUGUGCAUUUGUAG